AGCAUCUCCAAACAUUGUGGUUGUGAGAAGAGGACUGCUGAAACCAGCUGGCACGUCUAAGAUCAAGAAAAGCACAAUGAAAACUUGUCAGUGCAUCCUGCUACUCUUCAGCUGCCAGAUUCUUUAUACUCGAGCUUUAGAGUGUGAAGUGAUUCCUGGUACCCUGAAGCAGAUUGAUGCUGGAUUGGGCUCAGUGGGUGGAGUCAACAAUGACAAUGAAGUCUUCCUAUUUUUGGGAAACAGUUUUACAAGAAUAAAUGCAUCACUGAAGCACAUUACUGUUGGACCGGCUGGACAGUUUGGAGUGAGUCCAGCAAACACCGUCUUCAAGUUUCAGAGCGGAAACUUCAGGCAGAUUCAAGGAGGUUUAAAGCAGGUGGAUGCUGGAAGUGAGAUUGUUGCAGGUGUUAAUCCGCUAGAAGAUGUCUUCUGCAUUAACAAGGAUACUAACAGCAAUGGGCCACCUGCAAAUGCUGCUUGGACACAACUCACGGGAGGAAGGCUGAAGUACUAUAGCUGUGGCCCGUACAGCUGUUGGGGGGUGAACUUUACAGAUAAUGUCUUCCUCAAAAGGAAUGUGACGAGCUCUUCCUGUGGUGGGUCAGCUUUUUCGGAGAUUGUUAAUGGAACUCUGUCUAUGGUCGAAGUAGCAACUGAUGGCAGCGUAUAUGGUGUCGACUCUCAGGGGUCUUUGCUGCAAAGAGUCGGAGUCUCUCAAGCAAAUCCCGCUGGCACAGAAUGGCAAAGGAUUGCCGCCUGUCCCUUUGGCCACAAACAUGUGACCUUCGAUGUGGGGAGGCUGUGGGUCAUCUGUGGUGAUGGAUCCAUCAGAAGAUGUACUUGAAUGUCCAUCAUGCAUCUCAGAGGAACCCAAUGAUCAUUAAAUGUAGAAAUCUGAAAAUAAAGCUUGUUUUGU